AUGCCAACGCCAGCGCUCCGAGGGGGAGCCAGCUUGUCUCGAAAGCAUGCAAUCGCACUCAGCUCGCGGAGUGUCGCACCUGCGCCUGUUCUGGCAGCCUCUUGUCGCUCGCCGCAAGUGUUAGCCUCUCGCUCGCUUUCGACCUCCUCGAUCAGAGCGCCUCUCCCUCGCACAAGGUCAGCCGCAGCGGCUGCCCUGACAUGGCAGAGCACCCGAACGUAUGCAGCCGAAGCAGCGCAAAAGUACAAGCGAUCCAAGCCUCAUCUCAACAUUGGCACGAUCGGCCACGUCGAUCAUGGCAAGACGACCUUGACGGCAGCGAUCACAAAGACGCAAGCGGAGAAGAUGGGGACCGGCAAGUUCAUGGACUAUGACCAGAUUGACAAGGCGCCCGAGGAAAAGGCGAGAGGAAUCACGAUUUCGGCUGCCCAUGUCGAGUAUGAGACCGCCAAGCGACAUUACGCUCACAUCGAUCUGCCCGGCCAUCAGGAUUUCAUCAAGAACAUGAUCACAGGCGCUUCACAGAUGGACGGUGCCAUCAUCGUCGUCGCCGCCACAGACGGUCAGAUGCCCCAGACACGCGAACAUUUGCUCCUCGCCCGUCAGACGGGCAUCCAGAAGAUUGUCAUCUACAUCAACAAGGUCGAUCAAAUUGAUGAUCCAGAGAUGCUCGAGCUCGUCGAGAUGGAGAUGCGCGACUUGCUCGCUACCUACGGCUUCGAUGGCGAGAACACGCCCAUCGUCAAAGGGUCUGCUCUUGCAGCACUGCAAGGCAAAGAUCCAGAGAUCGGUGUCAAGUCGAUCGAAGCACUCAUGGACUCCAUCGACACAUGGCUCGAUCAGCCUACCCGAGAUCUCGACAAGCCCUUCUUGAUGCCUGUCGAGGGCUGUUUCUCCAUCUCCGGUCGUGGCACCGUCGUCACAGGCAGAGUAGAACGAGGAACGAUCAGCAAGGGCCAAGAAGUCGAAGUGCUCGGUCUGGGCCCCCCUUUCAAGACGACCUUGACCGGUAUCGAGUCUUUCCACAAGGAACUCGACCGGGGCGAGGCGGGCGACAACAUGGGCGCACUCUUGCGAGGCAUCAAGCGCGAACAGAUCAAGCGCGGCAUGGUCCUUGCUGCGCCCGGCUCGAUGAAGACGACCAAGAAGUUCUUGGCAUCAAUCUAUGUGCUCACAAAGGAAGAAGGCGGUCGGUUUGCUCCCUUCGCUUCAGGAUAUAGACCACAGUUGUUCAUACGGACGACCGAUGUGACGACGAGCAUCUCCCUGCUCAACGAUGAAGCACACGAAAAGCAAGUCAUGCCGGGCGAGAACGUCGAGGCGACGUGCGAGCUCGUGCACGAUGUAGCUAUCGAGGAAGGAUCCCGCUUCACGCUCCGUGAGGGAGGCAAGACGAUCGGCACUGGCCUCGUGACCCGCGUGGGCUAG